UCGGUGCUGCCAGUAUACCCCGGGCGGCCUCUCGCCGAGGUGGUGGCACUGUCAGUUUCGGUGCCCCGCAUGUGGGCAGCACGAAGCCAGUCGGCACUCUGCGACAAUCGGUAGUUCCAGGGUGAAAAGUAGGAGAGAUAGUAUUGGUAUUUUUUCUCCAGUCUACUUACAAGGAUUUUCUCCUUCGUAUUUGUACCAGGGGUGUCUUUGAGACCUUAGCUAUGACGCCUCACGAGUUGGACCCCGGAAGAUUCGAGCGUCAAGAAGUUUGCCCAUGGCGGAGAUAGCAGCGUAUAUUUUGGCGCGCUGACCCAAAACUGUAUUUGUUAGUACCAUUUCGUCAUGUAUGAUUACGGCUUCCGGGAGGUCGCCGAAGAACCGGGAUUCCUGUCGAGGACCGCCCUCAACGACACGGUAGAUCCGAGGAUCGAGGAGACGCGCUUCGUGGCCUACAGCAUCCUGGCGCCCAUCAUCGUGAUCAUAGGAAUGGUUGGGAAUCUGCUCACGAUAUUCGUGCUGAGGUUACCGCAGUUCAGAGGGGUGACGUACACGCUGUUCUUCGUUCUAGCCAUCAGUGACCUCCUGUCCCUGUUCUUCAGUAUAUCGCUGCUCAUCCACCUGCUGGAGGAGGGAACUCGCGUCUAUUCGACGGCCGCCUGGUACUCCUACUGCGAGGUCGUCUUCACGAAUGGCCCCAUGAGCACGUCCACCUUCGUCAUCGUCAUCAUCACCGUCGACCGCUACUUCUCCGUGUGUCGUCCAACUCAGUUCAAAACGAUCCACACCAAACGCAACGCCAGGAUAGGCAUCGCCUUAUCCUUGGCUCUGGCGCUGAUCGCCUGGGGACCCAGCAUUGCCCUAAAAGAACCCAAGCUCUACCAAGACUGUAAGACGACACCCUUUGAGCCUCCCGGUGACGGCGAGUGGUGGGUGUCCUGCAUGAAAUCGGAAGUCAGGGAUAGCACCUGGUACGUGGGAUACUCGUGGGUGCGGCAGGCGGUCACCAUAUUCAUUCCCGUCGUGGUCUUGGCCGUCCUGAACGCUCUGAUCAUGAAGGAAUUCCUGCGACUGCGCCGGAAGAAGAGGCUGAUGUUGGGGGGGCAGCAGCCGAAGGACUCCCCGGCAGCGGAGCAAAGAAAGAAACACAACCAGCACCUCAUUCACCUCCUCGCUGCGGUGACGCUCUCAUUCUUCAUCACAAUCGUGCCAUCGGGCAUCUUCGGCGCCCUUUACGACGAGAACCUCUCAACGAGGUUCAAGUUCGAGGUGUUCAGGGCGCUGGCCAACGAUCUUGAGAUACUGAACCACGCCCUCAACUUCUACCUCUACAUUCUGUACAGUAAACCGAUAAGAGACGCCAUUUCAAACACCCUGCAGAGCAAGAGGAGGCUGGGUGUCAUGGCGCUUUCGCACAUCCUGGCGGUCCUACGGAAAACCGGUCAGGGGGGGUCGCAGAAAGGGAUUUCACACAAAGAAAACGGCACCAGAUACCUCGAACCGGGUCCUGAAGUUGUUUCAGAAAAUGAAUCCAGCUUCAACAAAAUCGUCGCUGUGGACGAACCCCCUGAAGCUAAGUUACCUACCCUUAACAAAAGCCGUCCCGCCGACACUCAGGAUAACGCGUCCCAUUUCGAAUAUCCACUGCAGGACAAAGAGCCCGUGGGAAACGUGUAUCAGAGAGCAGUCAUGAAUCACAUGAACAAGCCCCCUCAUGGCUUCCAUACAAUCGUCCACACAGCUGAGGUUCACGAGUCCCAGCCUCAGGAAGAGAGCGGGCCACUCGAAUCGGAAGUCAAAGUCGCGAUCAUACAAAACGGACACUUGCCUCAUGAAACCGCCCACUUGGCGCGCAGGUCUGAAACACACCUACCAAAACAGAAGCCCGCAGAGGGCCAGGGAGAAAAUGAAGACGAGGCUACGAAAAUUACUGUUGGUGUUGUAGAAGUCAAGAGUAGUGAUAAAAUACCCGGUGGACUUGUCAAUCACGCGUUCCGGCUAAAUGAAACUCCUGUGCAUGACGCUGGCAAAGAAAAUCUUCCAAAUGGAGCAAUAAGGACGCCAUUGUAAGAGACAUUCAUGAUAGCCUUUAUAACAAAGAUCCUUUAAUUUUUCCUCAUAAACCUGUGCAAAACAGAAUUACAUAGACACUUCGUUCACGGUGAUUAUUUUACGUACAAAAAGGACGGUUAUGUAGUAUAUUGCUGUUUUUAGGAUGCAGGCUACCUACCCUCCUACAACCAACUUUUCAGCUGAUACGACAAUACUGGUAAUUUUUCCUCUGACUGUUGAUCUAUUGUAAGUCUGUUGAUAAGAUUAUUUCUGUUAAUAAAUCUUUAUAUAUUUCAUAAA